UGGAUGGCCAAGUUUCAUGUUUUUCCAGUUGUUUUUGACUUGGAAUUUCCUUCUUUUUCAUGUUUUUAUUAAGUCUUGUUUCACUUUUUGAUGUGGAAGAAAAUCUGCUGCUAUUUAUCAGCUUUUUAUUAUCUUGUUAAAAAAAAAAUUUACAUUAAAUGUGGAGUCUUUUUAGACUACAUACAUACAGACCAAACCGUUAAACCGAAUUAACCAAAUAAUUCGGGUUAUUCGACUAUUUCCCCAAACGAGCUACCUCCCCGCCGCCGCCGUCCACCACUCUACUCCGAUCCUUCUUCCCUGUGCCUCCCCUUAAACUGCUUUCCUUUCCUUAAAAGUCUUUGUUUUCUUGAUUUUUAUCAAUUACCCUGCAGAUUGGAGUUUGAUAUGGCAUUGAAAACCAUGAAUCAAGCUCUAAUUCGUUCUCAACUUCCCCUGCUUCAUAUGGUCCGCCACAACGCUAACGUAGCCUUCGCGCCCAGUUUUGCUUCUUCGCUAGUUACAAAAUUGAUCCGGGUCCCGCUUCAUAGAGUCAAAGAAACAAUGGAUUUGGAAGAGAAUGAUCAGUUUUCGGCUCUCAAUGACCCAGACUUUUCACUGGAAACAGUUGUUUUGCCGCUCAAAGAUUUCUCAUUUCCCAAGAAGGCAAAUUUGGUUAUUGAAUGGAAAUUAGAGAAGCUUAUCAAAGAAAAUGAGAAGAAUCAAGCUGCCUAUACUAGGUUACUCUUGCUUUGUGGAAAAUUAAAAAAUUUUGAAACUGCAUUAGGUGUGUUUUCAUCCAUGGAAGCCCAGGGAAUCAAGCCAACGUCUUCUGUCUUUAAUGCCCUUAUCUCUGCGUGCUUGUCUUCUGGUAAUUUCAUGAGGGCAUUGAGCUUAUAUGAAUUGAUGGGGUUUUCUGAUGAGUACAAUUGUGAUUCUGAUACGUAUAAUGCAUUUAUGUUGGCAUUUGCAAACCUUGGAAACAAAAAGGCAAUGUGGGCUUGGAACUCUGCCAGAGCAGCCGCUGGAUUCCCCCCUUGUCUUCAAACAUAUGAGGCUCUUAUAUUGGGUUCUGUCAAAUCAAAAGACUUUGUGGAUGCUGAGAGACUUUUUGUAGAACUGGCAUCAACAGGAUUUGUGCCCAGCCUUUCUAUUCUGCAGAAUAUGCUCUUGGUGUACACUGAACAUAGAAAUUUCUGUAAAAUUAGAGAAUACACGAUGCUCCUAUUGGAUAGUUCAGCUAAGAUUGAUAGGUACACAGCAGAGAAGGUUCUUGGUUUAUACUAUGAGCUGAGAAGGGUGCAGGAUAUGGAGGAGUUGCUAGAUGCUUUUACUAAGUCGAAACAAGAUUUAGGAAUUCUCUCCUUAAUGCACAGUAUGAUCAUAAGGCUGUAUGUAUCGACAGAUAGACUGGACGAUGUGGAUUACUCUGUGGGAAGGAUGCUAAAACAAGGUAUCUCGUUCAGAUGCCCUGAUGAUGUUGACAAGAUCAUUUGUUUGUAUUUCCAGCAUGCAGCUUAUGAUAGGCUAGAUCUAUUUUUGGAAAUCAUAAGAGGUUCUUUCAAGCUCAGAAGAUCAUCUUAUGACAUUCUGACUGCUGGCUACCGCCGAGCUGGCUUGCAGGAUAAGUUGGAUUUGGUAAUUGAGGACAUGAAAAAGAGAGGUUUUGUGGUUUCUUGAACUAUCUUAAUGAAUGUGAAUGCACUUUUCUGGUUUAAUGCCAUUUCUGUUACUGGGAGAUCGACCUAUGUGUAAUGACCUGAGAUUAUGAUGUUAAAGGCUUGCAGGAGAGUGACAACUAGGAUAUUGAAGCAGAGGUUUUCUCGGGUUGAACAACCAAAGAUUACUUUUUUGGACUAAGUGGUUGAGUUGAAUGCUAAAUGCUUGAAAGACUUUUGGAAGUUUUGAAUUUUGUAGUACUGGGACAUAUGAUGCUGGAAGACCUUAAUGCACCGGCUAUAUCAUUUUAACAGUUGACACGUGACAGAUAUAAGGUUUUGACAGAAGGCGAAUAUGUUGCUUCCUGUGUCGUAACGUUCACAAUGGUAUCAAUGAUCCUGAACUUUGGGAUUUGGAUUUGCAUCUAUCUUCAUUUCUUACAGGAAGGCGAAAGACAGGAGAUGACAGUCACACUGUACAGAGACGCACAUUAGUCUCUUUGAUAUGCAUUUGAGGUCCUCUUGAGCAUUAUUGACAUUUACCAUCAUGUGGACUGAUGACCAUGCUUGGUUUUGAGAGCAUAACAUAAGAUUUGGAGACGUUUGGAGGAGCAAUUUAAGCAUUGGCUAAUACCAGAAACUGAUGGUUUCAUAAGAUUAUUCAUCAGCUGAGGCUUCUGAACUAGAGAAGAUUGAAACAAAGAUCGAAGACGUGGAUCUAAAGGAUGAAGUUGUUGGCAACCUCUAGUUUGUUGCCUUGGUCUGGGAGCUCUUAAUCCUUUGAACUACACAAUAAAUUUUGUGUUUAUUGUUAUUAUUAUUAUCCAUUCUGCAAUUGUUAUGUUAUUAUGUAUGGACAUGAAUGUCCAAGAAAGUUGAGAUAACUAAAAGAUUUUGAAAUGAAAUAAAAAUGCAACACCCAAAUACAAAUUGAUG